CGAAGCGCAGAUUCGCCUCUGUGUCUUACUUAAAAGCUCCGUUUUUUCAGAUUUUCAUGCUUGAAGUGAAUGAAGCUAGUAAUCCAGCGAGUGACCAGUGCUUCUGUAACUGUAGGAGGGGAAAUUGUGGGGGCUAUCAAGAAUGGAUUAUGCGUGUUGAUAGGUGUGAAUAGAAACGAUAGCCUUUCGGACGCACAGUUCUUGGCCAAGAAACUUCUCUCAAUCAAACUAUUCGAAGACACGGAGGGAUCCCAUUGGAAGAAAUCAGUGAAGGAUUUGGACUAUGAGCUACUCUGCGUGUCUCAGUUUACACUUCAUGCUCGCACAAAUAAAGGAGCUAAACCCGACUUUCACAUUAGCAUGAAAGGAGACGAAUCCAAGAAACUGUAUGAAAAUUUCUUGGAGACAAUCAGAACUUUCUACAAAUCAGAAAAAGUCCAAAGUGGAGUUUUUGGCUCAAAGAUGAGUGUAAACUUAGUAAAUGACGGUCCAGUUACUAUUUUGUUAGAUUCGCCUUCAGAAAAAGACGAUCAGAGCUCAAAAUCAAACACAGAAAAUAGGCCGACAGUUUCUCAGGAUAAUUGCACAAGCGAAAUGGUUUCCUAGAUCAGCUGAUAUCAAAUAAUUGUAAAUAGAAAAAAAAUUGCCUUUGUAGAUAAAUGCAAUUAUGCUUCUUGGUUAAAUUGGCAUUGUUGAGUUUUUGCUCAGGAAGAGUCUUAAAAGUUGUUCGAGCUCAAAUUUCAUCAUUUGCAGUUUGACUUUUGGUUUCUUUUUUUAAGUUCAAUUCAGUUUCGUUUGCUUACAGAAAGACUUACGCCCUCCGACUACAAAUUUGGAAAUGGUGCAAAAAAUGUGCAUUACUUCUAAUUUCAAAAAUUCAUUUUGGUUUUGAAAUUCCAAAAGCUAUUAUAAAAACUUUCCCUUCAAA